GAGAGAGGGAGCGGGAGAGAGAGGAGGAGAGAGAAAGAGUGAGAGAGAAGGGGGAGAGGAGGAGCGACGAGAAAGAGAGGAAGAGAGAGAGUGAGUGUGUGUGUGAGAGAGAGAGAGGGAGAGAGAGAGGGAGAGAGAGGGAGAGAGAGAGUGAGAGAGAGAGAGAGAGAGAGAGAGAGAGAGAGAGAGAGAGAGAGAGAGAGAGAGAGAGAGAGAGAGAGAGAGAGAGAGAGAGAGAGAGCGCUCUGCGGAUUUCAGAGCGAGGAAAUGCUGCCUCCUAUCUGAGACAACAGCAACCCCAGUCACAGACACAACAUCUAUCGGAUGGAACUGCGAACACCGGAGAGCUUCAACAAACUGGUGAACGAUGGGCUCCGAAGAGGCGGCAAAGCAACACUGGACAUUUAAGAACGACAGGACGGAUGACUGUAUCUGAAACCUCCCUGCGUUAAAAUGGGAAUCGACAGGAGACACCGGGCGUCCUUAGCUCUUACUCUCAACUUUAUCGCCCUGGUCUUCUGUGUCACCGCCUUCAGUACCAGCUACUGGUGUGAAGGGACGAGGAAAGUAGUGAAACCUUUCUGUAAAACUAACUUAAAGGAAAAGCAGAAUAACUGUAUCGAAUAUAACAGUCGGGGCAAUAACGACAGCAGCGUGGUCCAAUAUAGUUGGGAAACCGGCGAUGAUAAGUAUGUGAUCUGUUAUUUCCACGCCGGCAUCUGGUUCUCCUGCGAAGAAAAUAUCAGUGGUCAAGGGGAAAAAUGCAGAAGUUUCAUUCAUCUGACUCCUCCUACUGAACGAGGUGUUCUCUGGUUGUCCAUUGUGGCUGAAAUCCUUUAUAUUCUCUUGCUGAUCGUUGGCCUCAGUCUCAUGUGUAUAGAGAUCUGCCACUACACAAAUGUGAUCGAUGGGUUAAAACUGAAUGCCUUUGCUGCUAUCUUUACAGUUCUAUCAGGUCUCCUGGGAAUGGUAGCCCACAUGAUGUAUACGACUGUGUUUCAGAUGACUGUCAACCUUGGUCCAGAAGACUGGAGGCCACAGACCUGGGAUUAUGGGUGGUCAUACUGUCUGGCUUGGGGAUCGUUUACCUGCUGCAUGGCUGCAUCAGUGACAACAAUAAACACUUACACAAAAACCAUCCUCGAGUUCAAGCACAAAAGGAAGAACUUGGAGAGAAGCUUAAAAUCAAAGCCCAAACUGAUCGAGCAUGAAGUGCCAGCAGAACGAGUUUGGGACAGAUAUAUUAGCUCAGUACCCAGCUCCACAGAGGAGUUCCUUGACCUCUCCAGUAACGGCCGAAAAAUGUCUAGCGGCUCUGUCUUUGCAGAUUUGAAUGACAUCCUGGAGGCACAGGGUGAAGAAUACUGUUGAGAUUCCUGGGACAUCAUGGCAGAUUGGUCAGAGAAAUUACUUGCACAUUCUGGAAGGUUUCCUCUCUACUGUUUUCUUUACCCCACAAAUCUGAUGAUGUCACAUAUCAGGCAGAAUCACUAUGGAAUCCUUGAUCAACUAUAGUAUCGUGCUUUGGUUGGUAAAAAGCUCUGUCUAAGAGGCAGAUGGUCAUAGCUGACCUGGUCAUAGAUGGUCAUUUACACACGUUGCCUGUUUACAUGCAAUAUGAAGGUGGUCCUCAUGCCUUCAGUUUCAAAACAUAUCUCAUUUUCCAUCGCCCACAAAAACUGAUAAAGAAUGAGGCCUAAUUUGCCCUGUGGGGUAAACACUUAUUGUUGUAGAGACAGCCAACAAGCACUUAAUGGAAAAGUGUAUGAAUUAAAUAGAUACAGGAGGUUAGGCAUCAAUCUUCCACAAUGGGUGCUGGAAUCUAAACAAAGGAAUCAACUUUGCUGUCAGUGAGUGUCCUUGGAUUAAAUGAAUUUGACCGUAAUCCAGAAGCGCAAAUUAGCCUAAUUUGGUAUUUGAUAUCAAGUUCUUCAGCUAUCCAUAAUCAAGAGCUAGAUGAAAUUAUCCCUUGAUACCAUCUUUAGGUGGCGAGUACACAUAAUGGAGCCAGCAAUGGAAGGGUGGCUUUUUCUAAAGUGGUUAUUGAGGUGUUGUACUGAGGCAGAAUGAAGAGGUACUGUACACAACCUAAGAACACAUAAUACUGGCCCUAACAAUCUGAAAGUGAAACAGUCCCCUGCCCCAGUAUUAAUGCUCUUCAUCUUUAUUAAAGAUGCAUCAUUAGAAGGCUCCCAAUGACGAUGUGAUCAGUUUGCAGAAUAUUGUUCCAAACACUGAAUUGCCUUCAAAACAUUUUUUCAUCCAGACACUACACUUAGUUCCUUUAGAGGUUUUCUGCUCUGGAGUUCUUCUUAGUAGACAGUACCAUAAAUGAAAAGAAACAGUACAGAUUGCCAUUAGGUUAGAAUGAAGUGGAUAGGCUGUACACAUGGCAAGACUACCACCACCACCACCACCAACAUUAUCACCAUUAUCAUCAUCAUCAUCACCACCAGCAUCAUCAUCAUCAUCAACAUCACCAUCAUCAUUAUCUCGAGAAAGAGCAAGAGAGCCAAUAGCAUCUGGGAGCCUAAUUAGAGUCUUAGCUGUGGGGUUUAUAGAGAGAGCAUUCAUACCUGUUGGAACUUUCACUGUGUUUUUGGUUCUCAAGCAUUGUAUCUUCAUGGGAUUUAGAUUUCAGUUGCUGCUCACUGUGGAUUUUGCAUGGUCUCCUACAGGAAAAUCUGUACCUUCUUUUCUAAAACAAUAAUAUCACAUAAAAUGAAGACUUGGAAGAGUAAUCCAACUCCACCAUUACUCUGAAAGAAGUAAAUUUGUGUUAAGCUUGCCCAAACUCAAUGUCUGUACCAGAAAUAUUCAAUCCCUCCCUUUAAUCCAGUAUAAAGUCAUAAUCUACAUUUUCACUUCAUGAAAAAUGGGGAAUUGUUCAUUCAUUAUUUCACAGGUGUUGAAUAGAUAGUCACUUAUUUUGUAGCAUUGUCUGAUUGUAUUUAAAAUUUCCAGCAAUGCCCACUUUUUUCUAGUUUAUUCCUUAGUCUCUUAAAUUAUUUCUCAUUCGGUCCCAUUGUCUGUCAAAAACUGGAAGUGAAAAAAUACCAGUCACGGAUUCAACGAGUUCCACAAUCUACAGUCUUAUGACCAUCCCUUUACUGUUUAUUGCAGCACAGUCAAUACAUGUUGAUACUUCUCCAGUGUGAAGGAUAUAGAUCAACGGUUUUUCUUUGUCUUAAUAAUUUGUAUUUUUCCAUUCAAAUUGUUCAAGAGGUACUGUGAUUUAAAACAGAAUGACAAUCUGACUGGGAUAAUAACAAAACACUGAAGUGCCUGUGCAGUUGAUAUAUAAGUUUCAAGAUAAUACUUGGUUUUAGAUCAUUGAAUCAUUGGGUGUUGCAGAUGGGGAAUUGCUCAUCCAUAAUCUCAUUAGAUUUGUCUACUGAAAUAUGAUGAAAAGUGAUUUUUUAAAUAUGAGAUUUCAGAACUGAGAUUCCUUAGCUAAAAUGGGAACCAAACAUAUUGAAUGUAUCUUCAGAUAAUACUGAGAAUCCCGAUACAGAAUUUAUACAUUGUGGAGAACAUGUUAAGGAUGGAAACUCGUUCGAUCCUAAACUGGAGCAUUUUAUCGAAGAAUCAGAUAUGUUAUUGUCGAAUAGAUUGCCAUAAUCUCCAUUCACAAGGUGUUUAGAUCUUUGUGUGAUUGUUUUAAUGUGUUUUACAAGAUUUUAAUACCUGAUUCAAUAUAUCUAAAGAUUGCGAAGAAGAGAAAAAAGUAUUAGAUAUCAGUGUCCUCCAACUAUAGUACCCAUUUUAUCAAUUAAAAUAUGUUUAUUUCACACUUUGACCAAUUUACCAAGGCCCUUCACAGAAUUAUUAUAAUACUGAUCUUGAUAUUGAGUCAUGAAAGAGGAACAGAAGCUUAUAGAUGAUUAAGAAUGAAGGGUGAAGAGUUAACUGGAGCCGGCGGAUGUCAGAAAGUGCAGAGCAGAGUUCUGAAUCCCUUCAAACUUCUGGAAACUGGAGCUUGUGAUGUUUGUCAUCAAUACUUUAGAAUAGUAUCAUCUAAAGCUACCUUUUAACCUUUGAACAAAGAAAUAGGUUUCAGUAGCAGACAGGCUGAUUAAUGUGAGGUCUUUUAGAAGCGGUGUAGAAAUACUGUCCAAAGCUUAUUUGGGGUUUAAAAUGGCACCAAAAUUGCAAAAAGCCUGGUUUAGUUUCACACAUAGGAGGAGAGGUGGUGUUGAUGACUGAAGAAUGGAGUAUGUGAUGGGAAGCAGAUGGGAAAGGUGGAAAUUUCACCCUUUGUCAUUGGUUGUCCAAAUGCCACCUUAAAUGCAGAUGAAAGGUCAAGAGAGGAACACAUAGGAAAACUGUACACAAUAGAAAUCUAGAGUAACACACACAAAAUGCUGGAUGAACUCAGCAGGUCAGGCAGCAUCUCUGGAGGAAAAUAUACAGUUGACGCUUUGGGCCAAGACCUUCCAUCAGGACUAGAAGAGUCCGCAUUAAGAGAGAUAGUAGUGAUGUAGAUGUAGGUGACACCAGUAUACAAAAGGAAACUGAGGAUGUUUCCAGAUGACAAACUGAAAUUGUAGCUAAGAAAAGGGAAGUGGUAAGGAAUAGUUUGCAGAAAAGCUCUGCAAUUGAUUCUUUAUCUGCAAGUAGAUAUGGGAGAAUGGAACACAGUGAUUAUAUUCUACCCAGCCUGGCGAUGGUUAAGAGAAUAAACACUUGAACCUCAUGAGGCAAUUCUGUUAAAUAUCCCAAAAAAUUGUUAACCUCAGGAAGGAGAAUCCAGAGGUCCAUGAACCAGACCUCCUUAGGGAAAAAGAGAUGGAAAAGGUGAGUAACUUUAAAUUUGUUGUCAUUACCAUAUCAGCGGAUCUGCCCUGGGACCAGCAUGUAAGUGAUAUCACAAAGAAGACAUGCCUCUGCCUUUAAUUUCUUAGAACUUUGGGUAGAUUUGGCAACCUUGAUAAACUUUUAUAGAUACACAGUGGGGAAUAUCCUGACUGGUUGCAUCACAACCUGAUAUGAAACAAUAAUGCCCAGAACAGAAAAGUCUACAGGAAAGCAUCCGUCAUCAAAGCCCCCAUCAUCUAGACGAUGCUUUUUUCUCACUACAACCAUCAAACAGGAAGUACAGAAGCUUUACAACUGUACCAUUAGGUUCAGGGACAAUUAUUAUCCUACAACCAUCAGGCCCCCGAACCAGCAUGAAUAAGUUCACUCACCUCAUCACUGAACUGACUCCACAACCUAUAUACUCAAUUUCAAGGACUCCACAACUCAUGUUCUCAAUAUUUUUUUCUAUUUAUUAUUUACACAGUUUAUCAUCUUUUUCACAUUGGCUGUUUGUCCAGUCUUUAUUAAGAGUAGGUUUUAAUAAAUUCUAUUGCAUUUCCGUAUUUUCCUGUAAAUGCCUGAAAGAAAAUGAAUCUCAAGUUAGUAUAUGGUGGCAUAAACAUACUUUGCUAAUAAACUUGCUUUGAACUUUGACUCCCUGUCCUUGGACACCAUUGUCUCUUCACCAGUUUCCAUUUCCAUGCCAAACUUCUUGAAUAUUUUUAAACACUCUUCUACAACAGUCCUGGCUCCACCAAAUUAAUCCUCACUUUCCUGAUUUUAAUCCCUCCAAUCAGAAUUCUGCUGGACUCACAACAACUCUUCAACUUCAAUUCAACUAAUUUGCCACCAUCAACUGUGGCAAACUCUUAAUCAAUCCAUGAGCAGUGUAAUUUCUGUUAGUAGUGUACUUUGCUGCUUCUGCAAAGAGCUAAUUUUCAUGUCAUUUAUACCCUAGGUAUAGAUGACUUUAUGAAUGUUCAAUAAGCUCAAAUUUCACAAUAAACGACAUUGAAUAAAUAAGGUUGGAUAAUCUCAUAUUGGAAAGAUAGUAACAUUGUUCCAAAGUCUUGACAAGAUCCAAACUUAAUUUUCAUAUCCUCUUACUUAUUAGCUUUAACCUUGACUCUAUUCCCCAAAGCUACAAUACACUGCAUUUCCCUAAUGUUAACCAUUAACUGAGAUAAAUUGAAUUUUAAGAGAUGUUGUGAGAUUUCAGCAGAAUUCUGAUUGGAAGGCUUCAUACCAGGAUAAAUGAAACGUUAAGAGGCCUAGGGAGUGUGAACAGGCAGGACUGCUUUCCAUUAGCAGAAAGGAAUAAAGCAAAACACUUCACACUUUAUUUCCUUUUGCAUGCCGGUGUCAAAUGCUUCAUCAUUGCUACUACAGGUCUUCACCUUUCCUCUGCCUCUAAGUGGACAGAAGGUUUGUCUGCUGAAUUACUGGCUUUGUUCCCCAUUGCAUCUUUUCAGCCACCAGAUCCAUCCCUUUUCCUGAUAGUUAUACGAAACUGAACAUGACGAUUGCAAACUUGGUGCCAAGCUUAACCCAAACUGAGCUUUGAAUUUAAAGUCAUUGGUAAAAGAUUGGAGAGAUGAUGAAACUGCCUGUGCGGGAAAUAGAGGCAGAAAUCCUCAUCAUAUUUAAAAAGAAAUCUAAUUUACCAUCGGCUACAAGGUUGUGCACCAGUUGCAGAGAAGAAGUUGAUGCCUAAAUAGCUCUGUUUUGGAAGUCAUGGAUAAGAUGGGCUGAAUUGUUCACUUCCAUGCAAUUAAUUUCUUUGAGCCUACAACUCUUUCUCCUCAAUAUCCCUUCUGUGGCUGAAGAGCAGGCUAGUAUAAGAUUGUUAUUCUUGAAUCAUAAAAGACUUCCAAAAUAAUUGACCAAAAACAGUGUAAAAUUAAUUCAAGCAUUUUUAUGGAAGUUCAUUUUACUGAGUAUGGAAUCGUUAAUAACCUGUAUAUACUAUAUUGAAGUUUGACUUAUGCAGGGUAAACUGAAGGUGGGAUGAAACAGUGUGGAUGGGUGAUUGUUCUUGUACCUACAGUGAGACGGUGCAAUCUGUGGCUGCUUAUUUAAGAUAUAAAAUGAGUUGUAGCACAGACCUUUUUGUUUUCAAAGUUCAGCUUUCAUAUAUUGCACCAUGACUUUACCACUUUCUGAGCUGCUUAUGCAUAUGAUUUUUCUAAGAUGCUAUAAAUUAUGCCAGUUGUGUCCAAUGUUUAUCAUGUAUCAUUUGACUUGAAGUUCCCAGGAAAAGUAAGAUGAAAUACCUACACCUAUAUCUAACUUAUAGUUUCAAAGAAAUGUCAGCACUGAAAUGACAAUACAUUACCGAAUGAGGAAACCAAACCUAUCAUUUAUGCUGUUGUGAAGUCUCAUAAUAUGAUCCUCCUUGGUAGAUAUUCAGAUCAGUUAACCUAACUGGACAAUGAUUAACAUGUUUACAAUUAAUAUCUGUGUUCCUGCCUAUCAGAAAGUGAUUUAAUUUUGGAUUAUCUGGUAUAGUCUGCCAGUGCUUUAGAGUCAAACUUCAACUUAUUGUGAAAGGGAAAGAUUAUGCUCAAUGGCCUAAAAAUGAUGCUGUUCAGCCAGUACACCAAGGAUGUACAGAGCAUCAUCUGCUCUUCCGUCUGGAUAGAUGUCUCCCAACACAAACUGGGUCCAUUUUUUAUUGGGUCCCAUCGUACUGAGGUAAUGUGACUUACUAUGCAACACAUCAACUCAGUCACACUCAUUCAAACUCUGUUUCACAAUAUUUUUGUAAUUUUAGUGGUGUAAACAUUUCUGAGCAAGAAUGGAACAAAGAAUUGCUUUUUUAAAUACCUGCGAACGAAUGGUUAAUACUAAGUAUGCACUGGUACAAUUGCACCAUCUGCUGCUGCUUAUGGCAAUUCUCUAUUCCUUUUUUCUGCAGAAGCUCACCACUUGUUAAACUUGGUCCAGUCAGUUUCCAUCGGAGUCAGAAGUUACUGAUAACCCUUUCCUGGUGCACUUAAGUUCUGUUGUCACUGGAUCACUGAAUAAAUCAAUUGCUGUCUGUUGCAAUAUGGAAAGGGAAGGUUUCUGUUUAAUUCAACCAUUUACAAGGGAACCUCUCCCAGCUUGUGCAGGUCCCAGCUUCUUUUCCCUCCUGGGCUUCAUUGACGAGGAUGAUUACGUUUGUCACUUUCCUUCCUUUGCUGAAGCUCUGGAAGCUGGUGGAAUACUCAUGCCUUACAUUCAAUACAUUUAUAUCUAAACCUGGCAAAAAAAUGUUCUUGCUGUGCACAAAGUUUGCUUUUGAAUUUGGAUUAGUCCUAUUGAAAAUGUCUAUUUGGUAUGUAAUCUAAUGCGUAUCUCACAGGGAAUGUUUAUGUGCCACCAAGAUUUUGCAGUUAAUUAACUUCUAGCAAUCCCGGAGAGUGUGUGUUAUGUACAAGCUGACGUAAAUACAUGAUGAUUUCAUUAGGUUUUGUAUAAUAUUUCUAAGAGAGGUGAAAACAGCUGUAAUGUUUCUCGCAAACAAGUAUUAGACCAAAAGAAUCCAGCUUGUACCUUUAACUUAAAUCAUCAGAAAUACAUAAGAUCAUUAUACUGUGUGAAAGUUUAUGUUAGGUGUGCAACAUCAGAUGACAGGAACGUUUCUUUUAGUGUGCAAUCCUUUGAUUUUGCUAUACCCUUGAAAUACAUUCAUAAUUACGUACCUGGUAUUACUUCAUAGUCCAAAUUUAUAUACGUAGUAAAAGUCGCUUUAAAAUGCAUUUAGAGUACAAUAGUUUCGUGCAGUCCCCAUGUGUUAGGCAGUUCCCAUUAUCUUAGAAUGUGAGUGUCAAUCUUGCACUAUACUAUUCUGGAAAGACUCAACAUUACUUAUUGCAGGAAUUCAAGCACACAGAGUUCUAACCUGAGUGUGAAGUUGGGAAGAUAGUCUCUUUCAUAGCAUUACUAUUCUUUUGGAGAUCCUGAGCAGAGUGAGGGAAUGUGCCUCCAACCAUAAGCACAUGCUAAAUAUUGAAUUAAAAUUCUAUUUCAGUGUCAGGAGAGAACAAAUCUGUCUCUGGUCACUGUGUGUUAGUGAGGUUAAAAGGCAAUGUUCUCGUGUUAGCCAUAGCCUAUUGAGAACACACUCUCCUUCCAAUUAGAACAUAGGUGUCAAACUCAAGGCCCGCGGGCCAUAUCCGGCCCGGUGUACAAUUAUAUCCGACCCGCGAGAUCAUUUUAGAUAGAUCUAUUAUUUUAAUUAUUAAUGGCCCGGCGAUAUUAAGCCUAUGAUUGUAAUUUAAUACCAAUCAUAAAAAUAAUGCUUGCUCAGCAGUCUUCUUCAUAAGAAACGGAAUUUGUGAAGUGAAACACUUUGUAGUUAUAGCAGAGACUGAGACACAUGAGAACAGGCUGAAAAAACGGAGGCAAUGAAAGCUGCGUUCGCACGCGCCCGACUGAUCCGGCCCGUAUGAAGCUGCAUUUUGCCUAAUCCGGCCCGUGACCUAAAAUGAGUUUGACACCCCUGAAUUAGAAGAUUCUGAGCUUAUGCCACAUUCCAAAUAAUUCAACACAAAAGUCUAAAAUGACAAUUGAGGAGAUUUGUGCACUAUGGGAGGAACCAGAUUUCUUAUGACUUUUUUAAAAAUUUAAGGCCUGCCUAGCCCUUACUAGUAUGUACAAAUAAUCCCUUACCAUUACGCUAAGAAGAGCAGGAAGUUCCCUAGGUGAUCGGAUCAUUAUUUAUCUCUUAACUGAUAUCUCUAAAACUUUGCUGGGAAUUUUCACAAUGACAUCUGUGCACUUUCACCCUCUCUGAAUGCUACAUUGGAGUACAAUAGAACAGAACACAUUUUGGGCUUCCUGUGAUUGUGUUUGGCGCUGUGUAAGUGCAAUUACUUUAUUCGUUAUGUACCAUUCAGCGAAAUUGUGGUGAAAUUAUUGAAAGCAUUUCAGUGUAAUCUUAAAUAAAACUACAGAAGCUGGAAGUAUGAAAUAAAAUCAGAAAAUUUUGGAAAAUAUCAGCAAGACUGGAAAGAGAGCAGAAUUAACAUUUCAGGAUGAAACACCUAAGAUACAAAAUAAGUUAAUUAUAACAUACAAAAAGGUUGAGUUGGGUUGGAUAGGAAAAAAUGGGAAUUUCACUGAUAAGGUGAGGCUAGAGUUGCAGAUGUGACAAAGCUAUUAAUGAAUUAAUCUGUUUGAAGCCACAACUUCAUCAGUAGAUUGCUCCCUACAGUAAACAUAGUCUCACCCUAUCAGAGAUAUUCCCUUUUACCCUAUCCAUCUCCAACCCCAUUCACUCUGCAUCUUGGUUCACCUCUUUACCAGUUCUAACAAACUGAAAUAUUAACUUUGCCUCUCUUUCCACAGACGCUGCCUGACCUGCUGUGGGUUCUCUGCUUUUGUUUCCAUGAUAAAUGUCUCUCAUAACAAUGUCAUUAACACAGAGAGGGCAUAGGAAGUAUUCUCUCCCACCAUCCAAAAAACAUUUCCCUCCUUAGGUCAGCUUUGGUAAAUGUCACCCAACUAAUGAUCAAAUCCUCUUCCCCCUUUCAAUCAGGAGAGAGCAACACAGGCAAGUGCUUUAUAUAAAUCAUAUGAACUAUGGUCAGUCUUGUGUUAAAAUUCCACUCUGUAAUUUAAAACAGAAUAAUUAUUUGAUCACAAAAUUUUCACUGCCAUUUUUUCUGGAAUUUAAAUAGCAAUGUGUAUACUUAUGGGCUUAAAUUAUUGUAUGUAAUUUCUAAAUAUUAUUGUUUAUAAUAUAUAAAUGAUUACUUUUCAGUAGUACAUGUCACUGUAACUACAUAUUGAUCAAACAUUCAUGUGAAAAAGUUUCAAUGUUUUUAUGUACAACUGUAUAUUUUUCAGCAGUGAUCAGUAAAUAAAGCAUUUUCUAACGUAA